CUCCAGGCGUCCUCGUGCGAGUGACAGCGUCUUUAAACCCCGCGUGGCAAUCCCUGAAGCACCUUCGAGAUGCCCAGGGAAGACAGGGCUACCUGGAAAUCCAAUUACUUCCUCAAGAUCAUCCAACUUUUGGAUGAUUAUCCAAAAUGCUUCAUUGUGGGAGCAGACAAUGUGGGCUCCAAGCAGAUGCAGCAGAUCCGAAUGUCCCUCCGUGGGAAGGCCGUGGUAUUGAUGGGAAAAAACACCAUGAUGCGCAAAGCCAUUCGUGGGCAUCUGGAGAACAACCCUGCCCUGGAGAAACUACUGCCUCAUAUUCGGGGGAAUGUGGGCUUUGUGUUCACCAAGGAAGAUCUGACCGAGAUUAGGGAUAUGCUUCUGGCCAAUAAGGUGCCAGCUGCUGCCCGUGCCGGUGCCAUUGCCCCAUGUGAUGUCACUGUGCCAGCCCAGAACACUGGCCUGGGUCCUGAGAAGACUUCCUUCUUCCAGGCUCUGGGUAUCACCACCAAGAUUUCCAGGGGCACCAUUGAAAUCUUGAGUGAUGUGCAGCUGAUUAAGACCGGGGACAAAGUGGGUGCCAGCGAGGCCACCUUGUUGAACAUGCUGAACAUCUCCCCAUUCUCCUUUGGGCUGAUCAUUCAGCAGGUGUUUGACAAUGGCAGCAUCUACAACCCUGAAGUGCUGGACAUCACGGAGGAAGCUUUGCACCUUCGGUUCUUAGAGGGUGUCCGUAACGUUGCCAGCGUCUGUCUGCAGAUUGGCUACCCAACUGUUGCAUCAGUACCCCACUCAAUCAUCAAUGGGUACAAGCGGGUCUUGGCUGUAGCUGUGGAGACUGAGUACACCUUCCCACUUGCCGAAAAGGUGAAGGCCUUCCUGGCCGACCCUUCGGCAUUUGCGGUGGCUGCCCCUGCGGCUGCUGCCCCAGCUGCUGCUGCGCCUGCUGCUGCUGCUCCAGCCAAGGUGGAAGCCAAGGAAGAAUCGGAGGAAUCUGAUGAAGAUAUGGGAUUUGGUUUAUUUGAUUAGCCCACAGGAAACAACUAUUUCAGCCAGUUUAUUUGUGAAACAAAGAAAUAAAAAGUGCUCAUUUAUCUCA